ACUGUCGCCAGUACACGAACAGGAGCUGUGAGGAGUGUCUGAAAAAUGUCACGUGCCUGUGGUGUGCCAGCAGUGGGAGGUGUGUGGAGUACCCCGUCCGAAGAGUCCUCCCCCCGGCUGACCUCUGCGAGCUCCGCUCUGCACGCUGGGGAGUCUGCUGGGUGAACUUUGAAGCCCUGAUCAUUGCCAUGUCUGUGGUGGGAGGAACGAUCCUUAUCACACUGGGAGGCUGCUGCUGCUGCUGUUGCAAGAAAAAGAGGAAAAAGCCAGACAAGGAUGAUGAGAGAGCAGCCAGGGAGCAGGAGAAGAGGCGUGUGCGUCAGGAGGAGAGGCGAGCAGAGAUGAAAUCACGUCAUGAUGAGAUCCGAAGGAAAUAUG